AUGACUUCUAUAAACAUUGAAUCUUAUUUAGAAAAUGAAAUAUUAGUGAUAACAAAUGAUAGUAGAAUAUUCACGGGAAAAUUAAAAGGUUUUGACCAAACAACAAAUAUAAUACUUGGAAAUUGUUAUGAAAGAAUUUAUAAAGAAUCGUUGGAGAAAAUAAGUUUAGGCUUGUACAUAAUUAGAGGAGAUACUGUAACCCUAAUCGGUGAAAUUGACGAGGACGUAGAUAAAAAUAUUUUACACAAUAAAAUUAAGCCGGAAAUGCUGAAGCAAGUAAUUGGAUAUAAAAAAGAGGAAACACAAGAUAUUUUGUUAAUAUAG